ACUAGCAUUGAAUCUGUUGAACAUCUAGAUUACAUAACAGAGCCAGAUCCUCCCAUUGUGAUUAAAAGUAGUGUUGAAUCUAUAGGUUACACGCCAAAAUUGGAUAAACCUAUCGUAAGUAAAAGCAGUAUUGAAUCCAUAGGUAACGUGCCAGAAUCAAAUAAGCCUACCAUUUCAAAUGAGACCAUUUCCAAUACUAUAGGGUCAGAAGCUAGAAAAGCUAAGACUCAAGUUAAUCGAAAACAAGACUAG